AUGGACGACAGUUGGGUGCACAACGAAACCAACACCGCCUACAUUUCGCGACGGAACCUUCUCUCCACGAAUGACGAGUAUACCGUCAUUCAUCUGUCGUACGUCGCUCCUUCUGCACUUGGUCUCCUGCAGAGCAAUCACGUGAAAUUUGAUACGCUCUGCAGCCCCGAGAAGGGCAUGCAGACCCUACCGGAGGACGAACCUCCGCUGUGCAUCGCAGUUCGACGCCCAGUGUCACCUUCACGCCACUAUGAGGCGGUAAACCGUUGUGGAGGUCUUCGCAAUAAAGGUACUCCAAAAUCAGCACUUAACAAUAUCAAAGGAAAAAAUAUCCAGAAGAAGGUGGAGAAGGAACUCGAGAGAUUGGACAAAAAUAUAGCCGACAUGGAAAUCGAACUCGAUCAAGUAGCAAAACAAAGCGGUGAGGAAAGGACGGGUCUCAUUGAGAUAAAACACAUGCUGGCAGACCUGGAAAAAAGACUCGUCUCUUCAUCGGUGGACAACAAAGAUAAAAAUAAGGAAACGAUUCUUGAAAGAGAACAAUGCAUCAAUACGGUUAAAGAGCUAGAAAACACCGAAGAAUCCAACCAAGAAGCGAACCUCACGGAGGAACCUGAACAGGACAAUAAACACGAAAGGGAUGCAAUUAUGUCGGAUGAUGACUAUCUGACAUGGCUUGUAGCAGAGAACACUAUGGAUGAAGAGGAAGAAAUGGACGAAGAAAUAGUUGCCACUGCCGAGACAGAAAUAUCAAUACCGAAAGAGAGAAUUGAAACGUCAACUCCCAAAAACGAGAAAAGGAACAAGAGAAGACGUAUGGACUCAGAUUGCGAUUCAAUAACCAAUAUCUCAACACUUGAGCAAGACCUGCGCGAUCUACGAUACGGACUUCACUAUCUGCCACAACGGAAAAUAGGAGAAACAUCCAGUGGAGUAGCCCCUCACAUAAAAUACAUUUUUUUUUAUAUAUUGGGGAGAACGCUUGAUGCUUACAUUCGCCGACGCAACCAUAUCGCUCGCCUGAGUAUAAAAGGAUGUCCCACAACCGUGUUGGCAGCCUUCUCAUUCGACGGCCAACAAGGCAACAAGCAUCGCAAUACCCGCACAGCUUCAAUAAACAAUACCAACAAGCAGUGA